AUGAAGCAUGCGAUACGGAAUCAUGCUCCUCAGGGACACCAAGGAUUGCUUGGAGCGCCGCCGAGCGGCUCACAUCCGGCGUCUUCUCCUGCUUCUGUUCCCACGUAUCCCAUGGGAGUUCCAGCAUCUCCAGCUCCUGUAACGGCGCCCGGAGGCUCUUGUGAUUGCAGUUUCAGCUCGGAAACUCACCAUUCGCAAAACAAGGACUGCCAGAGACCCCCGCCUCCGCCACCUCCCGUUUCCUCGCAUGUGCUACCCACGCAACUUCCGCGGUUCGUAUCAACAACUGAUGGCGCUGGGGUUCCGAGUUCCCUGAGUCGGCGUAGCAAUUACCCGCAAGGUUUUUCUCCUACCUCUUCAGUUCCCGUGGAUCGUCCCGCGAACAGUUCAAAGAACCUCGGGACUCCCGUGGGCUCUUCUGCGCCAUCAAAGAAACUUGAUCCCACUAUGAUCCCGCAAGUGCAGGCACUCAUGAAUGCAGCAAGAACCAUGCAACCGAGUAAUCAAGCAAAAAUAUGGACAGCACACGAAAUCAAUGUGGCAGCUUCCUCCCCGGUCGAUAAGGGGGAUCGGUGCAAUACGUCGCAGGGGAUGGAAACUCAGUUUACAUAUGAACCGGCCACCAGUGAGUCAUGUGUGGCUGCUCCGGUUGGACUCGCUCUCGCAGGUCAGCCUAGCAAGAUAUCAGCUGAUCUGGACCUACAGGCUACGGAUAUGCAGGUUCGACAGAUGCAAAUAGAUUCUUUCCAGAAGAGCAGCAUCCGCGAGGCUGACCUGGACCCCACAACUGCUGGCCUCAGCUGGAGGUUAUCCUCUUUGGAGUGUGGAGGCAAGAGCGCCCACGAGCAUUCUGGGCACGACAAGAGAAAAGGAUCCGAGGCUCCGAAAGAUGUUCACAGGCAGAUGAAAGUUAGCUGUGGUUCGGCAACCAAAGUCCCGUCUCGCGGACUGAAAUCGGGCCAGAAGCCUCUGACGCGCUCAGACCGCAACAACGGAUCGUGUCAGAGCGCAGCAGGAAAACAACCUUCUAAUAACGAUGAGUACACCGAUCCUGCAGGAAAGUUGAGAAGCGCGACUAAACGCAUCAGUGCUGCUGAGCCAGCUCAGCGGCCUAACCUUGCCACAAGUAUAAACCCGCAGCCACACCGAGACUGCGGCGGCAUAUUGAAGCAAGGAACAACCGAUAGGGCCAAUCAGCAAGAAGUACUCGCCCCUCAGCUUGAGCAUCGGGGGGGACCGCCAAGGGACCAGCAGUCAAACAAGUCUGCUGAUGUCACGACGUCCCCUGGAGUGUCAGCCACCGACUCUAAUGCUCGACCACCAGGCGCAACAGUCGUCCCACCUUCAUCAUCCAGUGCUUUCACACCAGCUCCGAAUGCGUGUGUCGUUCAAUAA